UAUCAUCCUGCGUUGCUGUGGCAACAGGGGUAAACAAAAGGUUGCUGGUAAAUUACCUUGCCUUCACCCUCGGUAGGAUCAUGAUUAAGAAGAAGGGGAAAAAGGGAAAGAAGGGGAAAGGUAAAGGGAAAAAAGAGGGAAAGCAGGAAUCAAAAGGGGAAAGAGAGUCUGAAAUCGAGAGGGCGAAAGCAAAUGCUGCUCUUUGGGAAACCCGGCUGGGUAUCACCGAGAGCUCACGCUUGGAAUACCGUGAGGCCGCCCGAAGACUUGCCCAUGCAAAUGAACAGCUCACAAACCAACAGUACCGAGCCGAAAAAGAGACGGUCGAUAUCAUUGCAUUCUUGAAGAAAAAAGAAUCAGAAAAAGAAGCCAAGAUUUCAGAGCUUGAAGAAGAACUAGAGCAUCAAAAAACAAAGGCAUUGGAGGACAAAGAGCAAAUUGUUGCUGAAUACACCCAAAUGGUCAAUGAUAUGGAAGAGAAAUUCAAGAAGAGACUCAAUGAGUUUCGUAUGAUCCAGGGAGAGCUGAAGACGAUUAAGGAAUUUCGCAAGCAGAAAGCCAACAUGGAACAGGACCUUAACAAUAUUAAAGAAAACAUGCACGUUGAAAAUAAGGAGCACAAAGAGAUGCUAGCAAGAAUGGAGCACAAGUUUUUCAUCGAAAAGGUCCGCCUAGAGAAGGAAGCAGAGCAGAGGAUUGCGCAGCUGGCUGAGCGUGCCCACAAUGAAGCUGUCGUGCAACUAGACGACGCAUCUUGUUCAGUGUUCAAGGAGAAUAUGCGUCUCAACGAGGCUCUCACCUAUCACAUGAAUGAGGUGGAACAACUGAGAGGGAGAAGUGAGGCCAUGGAAGAGGAAAAUUCAUCACUCGCCCUGCAUAAGGAUACAAGUGAGUUGAUGAUGAAGCAGAACAUUUGUAAGAUGGCCGUCCAGAAGAAGGAGAUUUUGGAACUGAGGCGUAAGGUAGACAUGUUGGAGCGGGCACUUAACAUCAUGUCAGUGCAGUUUGAGCGUGAGAAGAGAGAGACCCAGGAGCAAGCUCUCGACAGCACACAGGCCAACUGUGCAGAGCUGGGGAAGCUGCAGAAGCUGUUGGUACUGCGUGAACGUGAAAUCGCUCGAGUCAAGCGUCUCGCCGGCACAAUCCUGGAGCAGCGCACUGAGCUGGAAGUCUUCUUCCAUGGGGCCCUGGAGCAGGUGAAACAAGAGAUUCUGUCCAACCGCUUGCAAUACAGACAGGAAGCACUGGAGGCGUACCACCGGAGGAUGAGUGACGCGCGAGCAGGAGGACAGGAGUACCCCCGCAUCCGCACCUUUCACAGGAAGGCCGACAGCACCAAUAGUGUCUUCACUGACCUGGCGGAGGCAGAGAAAUGGACAAACAUGUCGAGCACCCAAGUGGACCUGUCUGAGCUGACCUGGGAACAGAAGGAGAAGGUGCUCCGACUGAUGUUUGCCAAAAUGAAUGGCCUGAAAUGCAGGAAACCAACCCAGACGCUGAACGCUUCAGGUGAACAGGGCCGAGGCACCAUCGCUCCAAGAACUGCAGAGAAGCUUCUCCAUCACACCUUCAUCACCCAGGCCCCAGUACCAAACCGGACUUUUGACCUGCCAGAUCUGCACCACACCUCUUGACUUGCAGACAGGACAGGAUGGAUUCAUCACUGGAGAACCUCAAGCCCAAAUUCAUCACACACAUCAUGAUUAUCUGAACAGUUCACUGGUUAUCCUGCUCCUUGACUUUGCAAUUGCUUCCAUGGAUGUUUUGGAAAAAAAUAACAUACCAACACCUUUAUAUCACAUUGAUCAAAAUAAAAAAAAAUGCCACCAUAAAAUACUGUACAGGUUUUCCCUUAACUGGAAGCACCAUAUGUGUCUGUUUGUAAAUCCUUUUUUUUCUUGGUCGACUUCACAAAAGUGAAUUGUACUAUUGGCUCAUUUGUCACCUGCAAUGAAUCA